AGUCGAGCGUUCCCCGGCUGCUGCGUGAACAACCACUUGAGUUGCUCGGCUCGGUUCAGCGCGGUGUGACAAGAGUCCCGAACUACCGAGGCAGGUAACGGACAAAACCGGAAUAUAGCUCCUGGAUGAAAAUAAAGAGAGAGAGAGAGAAAGACACGGAGAGAGAUUGUAUAGUAACACCUAUUUGACAGGAAUAUUAAAGGGAUGAUCGAGUGAUUGUAACAGCACCGGGAGGCAACUUUUUAUCGGCAUCCUUUCUUCUGCUCAGCCUCGUAGCGUUUAUGUGACGCGGACAACUCGGUGAACGACUGCGUUUUGAUCGGUCCAGUCUACAACUGUGUUUAACAAACAUACAUUGACGGCUUUCCUCAACCCUGGAGGUGGGAGGAAGGAGAGAAGAAGAGAGGGAACGAGGAAAAAUAGGAAGAUAGACAUCCUCCCUGGAGGUUUGAGAGAAAGGGACUAAAACGAGAGAGGGAACGAGAAAGUGAGAAAAAUAAACUGAGGGGCUGAAGAGGGGAGAGAGAAAAAUACAGAGGGAGAGAGAGAGGGAACGAGAGAGAGAGAGAAAGAGGGAACGAGAGAGAGAGGGAACGAGAGAAAGGGAACGAGAGAGAGCGAGAGAGAAAGAGAGAGGAGAUAGGGACAUAGAGAGAGAGAGAAAGAGAGAGGAGAUAGGGACAUAGAGCGGGAACGAGCGAGAGAGAGAGAGAGGGAACGAGAGAAAGGGAACGAGAGAGAGCGAGAGAGAAAGAGAGAGGAGAUAGGGACAUAGAGAGAGAAAGAGAGAGGAGAUAGGGACAUAGAGAGAGAGAGAGAAAGAGAGAGGAGAGAGGGACAUAGAGCGGGAACGAGCGAGAGAGAGAGAGAGAGGAGAGAGGGACAUAGCGAGAGAAAGAGAGAGGAGAUAGGGACAUAGAGAGAGAAAGAGAGAGGAGAUAGGGACAUAGAGAGAGAAAGAGAGAGGAGAUAGGGACAUAGAGAGAUAAAGAGAGAGGAGAUAGGGACAUAGAGAGAGAAAGAGAGAGGAGAUAGGGACAUAGAGAGAGAAAGAGAGAGGAGAGAGGGAACAAGAAACAUGAGGCAAUGAGAGAGAAAUGAGCCCAGAAAGACUGCGACCACCUGCCCUGAGGGUGAUGACGAGGACCAUCAGGAUCUGGUCCUAGAUCAGAGCGCAUCGCUGAAGAAUAGUAAUGUGUUGGCUGCAUAAGGGCUGCACUGAGAUCAGUUCUGACAGAGAAACCUGGUCAAACGGGUGCUUGAGGACACCAUGAACCUGACCUAGAAUCAGUGAUGGUCAUCACCGCCUGGUCACCACAUAUGUACGGAUGUACUAUGGCACUUUACCACCACAAAUUAGAUUCUAGACACUAAGCCUAACCUUAAAUCUUUCCUAAUCUAACCCCAAUCUUACCCCGUAACCCUAACCUGAACCCUUUCCUAAUCUUACCCAAUCUUACCUGAACCCUUUCCUCAUUUUACCUAAUCUUACCCCCUAACCCUAACCUGAAUCCUUUCCUCAUUUUACCUAAACCUACCCCCUAACCCUAGCCUUAAUGCUUUCCUAAUCUAACCUAAUCUUACCCCCUAACCCUAACCUUAAAUCCUUCCUAAUCUAACCUAAUCUUACCCCCUAACCCUAACCUUAAAUCCUUCCUAAUCUAACCUAAUCUUACCCCCUAACCCUAACCUUAAAUCCUUCCUAAUCUAACCUAAUCUUACCACCUAACCCUAGCCUUAAAUCCUUCCUAAUCUAACCUAAUCUAACCCCCUAACCCUAACCUUAACUCCAUACUUUUAAAACUGUAUCCCAAAUCAAGAACAAAUAGCUUGUGUACUACUACUUGCUCAUAGAUUCUGACAAUACAAACCGUUUAACAUUUACAUUGACUGAUAACAGCAGACGCUUUUACCCAGUCAGGGCAUUCAACUAGCGUCAGGUAGGUAAAACAACCACAUAUCACAGUCAUCACAGGUUGUGUCCUCGACUGAAAAUGAAGAACAAAUACCUUGUGUACUUGCUCAUAAAUGUCCACGACCAUGUCAGUCAUUUAGCAGACGCUCUUAUCCCCAGUUAUUGACAGCGAGUGCAUUCAUUUUAAGGUAGCUAGGUGAGACAACCACCUCUCACACUUCUAGUAAGUCAAAUGUUUCCUCAAUAAAGCAGAUUUCUGCAAAGUCAGUGCUAGUAAGAUAAGACGUGCUGGUAAGAUAAGACGUGCUGGUAAGAUAAGACCUGCUAGUAAGAUAAGACGUGCUAGUAAGAUAAGAUGUGUUAGUAAGAUAAGAGGUGCUAGUAAGAUAAGACCUGCUAGUAAGAUAAGACGUGCUAGUAAGAUAAGAGGUGCUAGUAAGAUAAGAGGUGCUAGUAAGAUAAGAGGUGCUAGUAAGAUAAGACCUGCUAGUAAGAUAAGAGGUGUUAGUAAGAUAAGAGGUGCUAGUAAGAUAAGAGGUGCUAGUAAGAUAAGACGUGCUAGUAAGAUAAGACGUGUUAGUAAGAUAAGAGGUGCAAGUGCUAGUAAGAUAAGGACAAGUGUGUUGCUGUUUGUUUCUGAAGAUAGAGCCAGUUCCUAAUCUUACCCCUAACGUUAGCCUAAGUAACUUUGACCUUUUAUCCCUUAUCCUUAUCCCACGUUAAGAAUACAUAUCUCAGGUAGCUCGGACUUACCCUUAACCGUGCGCAUAAAUCCUGAUGAUACAGUCCUCUACCGCUGCUGCAGUGUAAUGAGUAGCAUUAUAUAAGGGCCACACUGAGGUCAGUGUUGACAGUCAGAGCAAGCUUUGAGGGGACAAGACAGCACCAUGAAGCUGACCCUGGACCUGUUAUCAGCCCAGCUCAGCUUCACUCCUCUGCUGCAUGUAGAGAACGCCACACAGGCCAGACUCAACAACAGUUACAGCUUCUACGACUCCCUCCUCCUCCCCUCAUCCUCCUCCUCAUCCCUCCUUCCCCCUGACUCUCUCCUCCCGUCUUCCUCCCUCUACCCUCCUGAUCCUCCCCUCUUCUCCUCCUCCUCGUCCCUCUUCCCCUCCUCCCUCCUCGCUCCUGAUGGUUCAGAGCUGACCAGUUUGUUAUGGACGGUCCAUGAGCCGACCACGGUGGCUCUGACACUCAUGUACUGCCUGUCCUUCCUGGUGGGGUUCGUAGGGAACAUCAUGUCAAUGAAGGUGCUGACCAACCGACGUAGCGAGAGGCUAGCCGCGGUCAGCGCCACACGGUACCUCCUGGUUAACCUGGCGGUGUGUGACCUGGCCGUGGUGUGUGUCUGCAUGCCCAUAACGCUGGGUCACCAGAUCUACUCGGCCUGGGUCUACGGGGACUUCCUCUGCCGAGCGGUCCCCUUCACCCAGGCCGUCUCCGUGUCGGCUAGUGUGCUAACGCUUACGGUCAUCAGUGUCAAUCGUUACUUCAGUGUACGCUGCCCGCUCCGUGCCCGCUCCCUCUUCACCCGCCGCCGGAUCCUAGGGACGGUCGCCGUGGUGUGGGUGGUGUCAUCAGCGAUCUGCUCCCCAUUGGUGUUCAUGAACCGGCGAAAUGAGAUCAGCCUGGGGGCGUCGUUUGUGAUCCCUGUGUGCCAGGAGGUGUGGCCGGGGCCGCGUCUGAAACAGGGCUACACCGUCCUGCUCUUCGUGGCGCUCUACUGCAUCCCCGUGACCUUUAACCUCACCAUCGGCUUCUUGACUUCCCGCCGUCUCUGGGGGGACGGGAAGCGGAUGUUUACGGAACUCGACUCUCGAAGCCGAGCGCUGCACACUGAGUGCCUCAAGACGAGGAAGAAGAUCGCCAAAAUGGUGGUGGCCCUGGUCCUGCUGUUUGCUGUUUCCUGGCUGCCCCUGUAUCUGGCUGAGUUCUGGAUCGACCGAGUGCAGCAUCCGCCAUCUUGGCUCAUGCAGACCCAGCCCUUUGCCCAGUGGCUGGGCCUCACCAACUCCAGCCUCAACCCUAUCUGUUACUGUUUCAUAGGUGACCUCCACCGUGGGGCCAAGGUGUUCCGUACCCACUACCACCGCCGGAUCGCUGCUCUCUUUAGUUCCUCUUUCGCCAACUCCGCCACGACCACUGCCGCCGAGGGAGGAGUAGCUGCGGCAACCGUGGCAGCGUCCACGGCAACCAUUCCUAAGUUGUUUACCUUCUCCAGGGGUACAGGGGGUCCAGGCAAGAUGGAGGACGGGUCUGAUAACAGUCUGUCUGACUGGUACAAGUCCAGCCCCAGUAUGUGUGAGAACUUCUUACUACCCAGUCAUCCUGACAGGCCACAAACACUCUCUAUACAGACCGUCUGUGGGGACAUAAUGGACACCUCCCCUUUAAAUAGAGACUGUGGGGGUAGGAAGGACACACUCCCUUUAAGAAGACACUCUGAGGACGAACGAGGGGUCAGCCUCCCUUUAUGGCCUUUAGCGUCUGCGGACAGAAGAGACACCUUGCAUUUAAGACCGGCCUUUGGGGACAGAUUGGACACCCAGAUUGGACACCUCCCUUUAAGGCAAUUCUUGGACAUCUGCCCUUUAAGCACUGUCUCUGUGGACAGCAGAGUGGACAGCUCACCUUUAAGACCAGAUGGUAGGGGUGAGAAAACAGACAGCCUCCCUUUAAGAGGGGACACCUCUCCUUUAAGUCGAGACUCUGCGGACAUUAUAUCAGACCAUAUAACAAGCCUGUGAACUCUGUGGAUUGUCAGAUGACGUCAGAGAGAGAGAGACAGAGAGGCCUUGGAGGUAAUCACCAAUCUAUAGGGGAGAUGAUCACCGGGAGGGAUAAACACACACACACACAUCCUGAAUCGAUAGACUGUCUGUUGUAUCAUCAACAGAGUGGGACCUAUUUCUCUCCCUACAGACAGUUGGGAAACUACGCCCAUUGGCUCACUGCCUGUGAUUGACAGCCCACGGUGAUCCUGCCCACUGGUGUUUACAAAGCAGUUUAUCCUCCGUUAGUAGGGAUGUGCAUCCCAAAUGGCACCCUAUUCCCUAUAUUGUACACUCCUGUAGACCAGAGCCCAUAGUAAAUAGGGUGUCAUUUCAGACGCAUCCAUAGAUUGUCAUUGCUGCCCCGUCACUUUAUCCAGGGCUCUGUCUGUCUGUCUGGCUCACCGCAUCACUGGGUCACAUUCUAUCACAAAGGAAAUACAUUAUUCACAACACUGUGUGAUUAAUGACUGGGAACGUGUUUGAUUGUAAACACUGUGUGACUAAUGACUGGGGAUGUGUUUGAUCGUAAACACUGUGUGACUAAUGACUGGGGAUGUGUUUGAUCGUAAACACUGUGUGACUAAUGACUGGGAAAGUGUUUGAUUGUAAACACUGUGUGACUAAUGACUGGGGAUGUGUUUGAUCGUAAACACUGUGUGACUAAUGACUGGGGACGUGUUUGAUUGUAAACACUGUGUUACUAAUGACUGGGAACGUGUUUGAUCGUAAACAGCAAGGGACUCAUUCUGUUACCAUGCUGACAGACAGCAGCAGAGGACUCAUUCUGUUACCAUGCUGACAGACAGCAGUGAAGGACUCAUUCUGUUACCAUGCUGACAGACAGCAGCAGAGGACUCAUUCUGUUACCAUGCUGACAGACACCAGCUGAGGACUCAUUCUGUUACCAUGCUGAUAGAGAGCAGCGGAGGACUCAUUCUGUUACCAUGCUGACAGACAGCAGCGGAGGACUCAUUCUAUUACCAUGCUGACAGACAGCAGCAGAGGACUCAUUCUGUUACCAUGCUGACAGACACCAGCUGAGGACUCAUUCUGUUACCAUGCUGAUAGAGAGCAGCGGAGGACUCAUUCUGUUACCAUGCUGACAGACAGCAGCGGAGGACUCAUUCUGUUACCAUGCUGACA